AUGCCUGCGAUACAUGUUUCACCUCGUUUUCGUUGCGUAAACGUAUAAUCUGCCGUGCCACGGAUCCACGUGUACUGAUUCUCGUGAUGUAAUAGAUCCGAUCCAUUGAUCGAAUAACGUGGGCCGUUCAAACUCUGUCGUUCGUGUUUCGAAUCAAAUCUAAAAUAUUGUUAAUUUCCUUCUAAGGGACACGGCUAUUGCUGAUAAAUAAUUAUUAAGUAAAAAGAAAAAAAAAAAAAAAAUUCCAUCAGUUUCAGCAGGAGACACUCGGAGGGACGUUGAACAUAAUUAAUGAAAUCGCACGCUUCAGGCAUUUACUGGCGGGUUCACAUCAUAGGAUUAGUUACAUAAUUUCCAAUUGUGCUCUCUAUGCGAUUACGUAACUGUAUUGACUCUGUGAAACACAUAAGAGAUAACCUGUAAUAAUCUUCAUCGUAAUUUCUCCGCGAGAUGCUCUUCCUUGCGCACGCAAUGUAUUUUUUUUUUUUCUUUCGUGGCGUCCGACCUUCUGCGAAUCGAAGAAAAGAAAUUUACGAACUUGGCCAUCUUGUUAUCGUGAUGUGUAAUAAAACUUCGAAAUGAAAUUCAACAAUAUUCUGCUAAAUGAUUUUUGGUCGGGGCAUUUAAAGGAGAAGUGAAUAAUCUUACUUGUUACACGAUCCUCGAGCAAAUUCAAAAUGUUCCUCAUAUUGGUUUUGCGCGUCUGAUGUGUAUUCCGGUGAAAACUCGGAUGGUUGCCAAAACUAAAGGGAAAAAUGUAGUUGCUUUCUUGACGCCUAGACGCGAAGAUUUCGGCGUUUUGGAUCUGAAAAUAGGGCAGGUAAGGCUGUUAGAUUUUUCUAGGUCAGAUUGUUACGGAUUGUAUGUGAAACACGACCGGAGUUCGUUAUGUCUGGCCUCUUAA